AUGCAUCUCGGCUUGCCGGGUUGGCUGGCUUGGCUCGCCGAGACCGGUCUGCUCGUCGACGCAGACGACCCCCGGCAGCGGCCAUCGCCUCCGGACUCGGGCCUGGCCUCGAGCGCCGAUAGGCCCGUCGGCGCGAUCGUGUCUGCCGAGUCCGGCGAGGCCAGACUCGAGUACGAGGUGGCGCCGAACUCGGGCCGCUGGGCCAGCCUCGAGCAUUUGCUCGCCUCGCUCGACCAUUUGCACCAACAACAGCACCGCCUUCGUCUCCAGCAUCAGCAGGUGAUGCCGGUUUCACAGACAUUGCCGCUUCACGCACUGGCCAAUCACAGUCGUCCUCUCUCUCCGGGCUCCCUCUCGCAUCAGCCACAACGACACCAGCAACAGCUCCUCUUCUGUCCGCCCACCCUCCAGGCCCAGUUUCGACAGCAAAGGCCGGCCAUUCUGCCGGUCUUCUCGCCGGCCCCAGUGACUGGCGCGAGGAGUGGAGACCACAACGGACCAAUCGGCCUCGGCGAAGAAUGGCCCUUGACGACGCCGUCGACCUCGUUGCCAAUGGCCGCUGAGACGGCCUGGCCGGUGGGCGAACGUCUGCUCGGCCAGUCGGCGGAUGGGCGCAGUCCGUUCGGGUGUGGAUCCCUUUUCGUGACACCGCGAAAGCGGCGCGCUCUCUUCUGCAGCCUCGCGGCCGAAACUAUCACCUCCGCGUCCUCCACCUCGUCCACUUCCGCCCUCACCUCCACUCCCACUCCGACCUCCGCCUCAUCCAGCCUCGACCCCUCGGCCAUUCGGGCUGCCAAGGAGGCGCGAACGGACGCGACCACGACGACGGCGCCACCGCCUCAACCGCAGACGACCCUGGGCCCGUGGUUGGGGGUGCACUGCAGCCUCUGCGUCCGGCGUCUCGAAGGCUCCCACUUUGUCCAAUGUCCGGCGGUCGCGAAGCACCGCUUCUGCUUCGACUGCGCUCGGGCCUAUCUGCUGCGCGAACUGCGACUGGCCACAUGCGCCAAAUCGCCGUCGACGGUGCAAAUGAACGCCAACGCCAACGCCAAUGUCGACGCUGAGGCUAACGGCGAUUCCGACGUCGACGCCGAUGGGGAUGGUGAAGAGGGCAGCGCAUGGGCCGCGGAGGAGGUGAAGAGCGACGGCGAUGGCCAGACCGAGGCGGGUGUGAUCACCACUUCAGGCGGAGAGAACGUGUCUUCAGGAAGACCGCACCAGCGAGGCUUGCCGCCAUCCUCCUCUUCAGCCCCAGCAACAGCCCCACUCACGGCAUCAUCAUCGCCGUCUCCGUCAUCAGCGGCAGCAGCAAAGACAGUGUCGCCGGCUCCGGGCAACUCGUCUCGCCACGAGAUCUUCUGCCCCAGUGGGCAACGCUGUGUGUUGCCCGGCUCUCGGGCGCCGUGGGCCUUCAUCUCGGCCGAGAUCACCGCCAUCCUCGGUCGCCCGGUCGGCGCGGAGCUGGUCGGCCGAGCCGGACUCUCUGCUGCCGCCUCAUUGAAGGAGCGCAGGUGCGAUCCCCGACCGGACUCAAGCCAAGAGGCCGAAGCGGAACCGGCCCGAGAGUCGGCCCAGCAGAAGGAGGAUCUGGACGGCCGGGACUUGAGCCCGGGACUCGUCAGGCUGACUGGUCGUCCGGGCGACAUUGAGGUCGACUUGGGCCGUCGAAUCGGCGGCCCCGGGACACGACCGGCCGCUGUCGACGCCGCGAAGACAGCCCAUCCUCGGCUGGCCAAUCAGUCGCCCAGGCCAGACGACUCGGGAGGACCAAGCUCACCCACCGACUGGAAGACGCCCGUCUCGAUGGCGGCCUCGCAAUCACUCGCUAAGUUGGCGGCGACUUUAGGCGCUGGUCGACCGGCCGCAGCUUUCGCCAGCCUCGGCCUUGGACUCGGCCUGGGUCUGGGCAAGACGGAGCGGUUCAGUGUACAACCCUGCUUGCUUUCGCCUUGA